AUGACCUCGGCACCAGCCAUCUAUCCCAGUCUAGCAGGCAAGACCGUGCUCAUCACAGGCGGAGCCGAAGGUAUUGGCGCUGCAGCAGUUGAGCGCUUCACUUAUCAGGGUAGCCAGGUACUUUUCCUGGAUAUAAACAAAGAUGCAGCGCAAAGCACCAUAGACAAUGUCUACUCUAUAUGCAGCGAAUUCGGAGCACGAAGCAACGCUCAAGUGAAAAAGCCAAUAUUCUACUAUUGUGACCUCUCAGACCUAGAUGAAGUCAAAGCUACCAUCGCAAAUAUACUAGCAGAGUGGGAGAAAGUCGAUGUCCUCGUCAACAACGCCGCAGCAACAGGAAAAGGUGCAAGACUAAAAACGGACGACGUCACUUCUGAAUCCUGGGAUUUCCUUGUCAAUACCAACCUAAGACAUGUGUUCUUUCUCACUCAGGCUGUUUUACCGGCAAUGAAGGCUGCUGAAAAUGGAAGUAUUGUUAAUCUGGGCUCGAUUACUUGGCGCAUUCCUGCUCCUGAUAGCCCUGUUUAUGCUGCUUGUAAAGCUGCUAUUAUGGGUCUUACGCGGGUACAAAGCAAGGAGGUUGGAGCAGCCGAUAUCCGCAUUAAUAGUGUGAUGCCUGGUGCGAUUGCUACUCAGAGACAGCGUGAUACUGUUUUGAGUCCUGAAUAUCGAGCGGAGGUUAUGCGUGGACAAAGCUUGCAGCGUGACUUGUUGCCGGAGGAAGUGGCUAAGGUUAUCGUUUUUCUGGCAAGUGAUGAAGCGAGUGGAGUCACGGGGAGUACGUAUACUGUUGAUGGUGGAUGGUGCAGUGAUCCUUGA